CCUUCACCACUGCUCCUCCUCCUCCUCCGGACUGAGAGUAAGCCAAUGGGAGCAAAGCAGGGAGGUAAGAGUGAGGAGGUCGUACACUGAGGAGCUGCUAGGCAUUGACUUCAGUGCUCCUCCUCAAUCUACCAACAACCCCUUCAUAAUCCCCUCCCCCUCUUCAGGUGUCCCCCCUGUGGACCCUCUCAGUGGGAUGAUGGGAGCUCUGAGACUGGAGUCUGUAAGAGAGCGGCUCAGUGACUCACCUGUGAGGACUAUCCAAUCAGGAGCUCACAGACUCACUGCAGACCAAGACCAGGUAUCAGGACCAGCAUCUGGACCCAAUCAGAGCCUUCAACCAGACCACAUACAGAUGACGGCUUGUCUUAAUCCGGACCAGGCGGCCAUCUUCCUGUCUCUAAUGACCAUGGAGGGGCGGAGUUUCAGCCCUGAUGAUGUCAUAGAGGCGAUCCAGCUCAACAGAGAUUUCUCAUCAGCUCUCAAGUUCCUGACUCACUGCUGCCCCAUCUGUCAGGAGCAGGUGUCCUUCAGCAAGAUCAUCACCAUGACUCACUGCUCCUGCUUCCUGUGUCAGAUGUGUUUUAAGACGUUUUUUUCGGCGGCCAUUAAAGAGAAGAGCAUCGAUCAGCUGGUUUGUCCUCAGUGUGGCAGACCAGAGGUGAAAGGUCAUAGUGGGAUGGACUACUUUAACCUGUUGGACACACAGAUACGCCACUUCCUGCCGCCUCAGAUCCACGAACUCUUCCAGAGGAAACUCAGAGAUCGAGCUCUGCAGGAGAUGCCAAACUUCUGCUGGUGCGCUCACUGUUCCUUCGGCAUGCUUCAUGAGGCUGACAGGUUGAGAAUGGACUGUCCAGCUGUAAGAAGAGUACCUGCUGUCAGUGCAGAUUCCCUUGGUCUUCUCAGCAUCAGGGACUGUCCUGUCAGCAGUUUAGAGUCUGGAAGCAGCAGAACCAUCUGGACCAGAACCCGAACCCAACACUCAGCUACAACAGCAUCGAGUGUCCCAGCUGUCAGUGUGUGUUCAGUGUAUCUAAAGGAGGCUGUCUUCACUUCACCUGCUCUCAGUGUCAGCAUCAGUUCUGUGGAGGCUGCAGCCGGACCUUCAGCUUAGGAUCUGCUUGUAGCUUCUCUGCCGAUUGUGGAAGCAAAGGUCUGCAUGCCCACCAUCCUCGAGACUGCCUGUACCACCUGAGAGACUGGUCCGUGCCCCGCCUACACCUGCUGUUACAGGUGGUAAAGACGACUAGUUUUUUUUCUCUGAUGUAAACGUGUUCCGCUCCAGCUGAUUCCGCGACGCACAUAAAUGAUGUUACUCCUGCCAAACGAGGAGCGGAAAAUUCAAGCCGUAGUAUGUUUAGCUCCGCACCCUGCGGCUAGAUCGAUAAAGUCGAGGUAGUUCAGGCCCUCAAAAACGCUCUUCACAACGCCUCUGCACCCGGCAGAUCCCUCAGGACCUGACCGGACCUGACUUAUUACAGAGCGUCUCCCGCCUGGUUGGAGCCAGCCAAUGGCAGCUCACCUGACAACAGUCUGACAGGUGUGUGUUUGAUUUUGGAGCUGAAAGAUGAUGGCAGCAGGCGGGAGGAGCCAUGUGGACGCCCCGCCCACCCUGACUACAGAGGAUACUGCCAGUUACACUAUAAGGAGAAUUUGGUGGAGCUCAUUAACCGUUGUCAUGGCGACCCGGCAGUCCUCUUCAGCCAAGCAGAGAUGAAGGCGGAGCUGCAGCGCUGGCAUGUUUCCUUGCCAACCAGGAGACCAGAAGAACCAGAGCAGCUGUACUCACAGCGCCUCCUCCUGACUCUGACCAAUAGUGUUCCACUCAGGAAGCAGAGACUUCCUGCUCAAACUGAAGCACGUCCGCUGCCCUCUGCCCUCUGCUGUGACCCAUGGAGCUCCGCCCACCUACCUGCUGCUCAGGGACUAGCUGACUCUGCCCACCUCUAACCUAUCUACGAAGUAGGAGGCAGCGUCCUGUCUCACUCUGACCCGCCUCCAUCAGUAGUGUCUCUUAAGGGUUACAUCCCAGUGUGACAUCACUGGUAGGGGGCGUGGUCAGCACUUGACAUCUGACCUGAUGAAAAUGAAUGAAAAUGUAAUUUGUGCUUGGUAAGUUGUUCUUUAUAGUGACUUCAUCAGUGACAUCACUCUUCUGCUCUGACAGCGUCUUAUUUGCUCAUAAGCUGUCAUCAAAGUACAAGAAAGGGACCAAAAACUGAGUGAGCAGCCAGUCAGAGAGCUGAUGUUUGCCUUAACAAGCUAACUAUGUUGAAAAGUCUUUACUCAGUUAAUUAUUCACUUUAUUACAUGUAAACACGUUAGCAGUGUCAGCACGACUUAGCUCGUUAGCAUGUGUAACUGCAGGUGACUUUUUACUUUCUGCACUUAAACAGUUUCAACUUAUUUAAUAAAAAUGUAAAACAUU